AUGGGCCCGAACAGGCAGCGGAGGCCGCGGGAGCCGCAACGGGGCCGCGGCGGGCGUCGCCCACCCGCACCUUCCGCCACGGCCGCGGCGGCUCCUUCCAUGCUGUCGCGCGCCGGGAGGGAGAUGAUCAUUGAUGUCCUGCACCACGCCGCGACGGGAGGGGCGGUGCCAGUGCCUGAGAAACACUUUGAUGUGAAUGCGGGAGGAAGAAUAACACUUCAGCGCAACACGCCAUUGACUCCGUCGGAAAUACUGCAAAGAUUGUACGAGGGACUGGGCUUCCCGCCCGAUCUCACCACCCAGUACGUGACAGAUUUGCAGGGCGAAGCCAGGUUUCCCGCAUUCACUUCCAUCGCAGAGCUACUUGCCGAGGACGGUCCGCACCAGGCCUUUUUGGUAAGCAGCUGCCUGGAGUUGUUUUCCUACAUGUUGUGGUACUCCCGGGGCGAUGUGGAGGCAGACAUGACCGCCGAGGAGGGUGACGCCGUACUGGAGGAGGAGCUUGACACCAUACGAGGUCUGUUUGACGAGAGUUUCCUGGGAGUAAAAAACUUUGACGAGGAAUCUGUUGAGGAUCGGGAGAUUUAUUUUUCGUUCUCCACGGAGAGCGGAAAGAGUGUGCUGGUCUGCGUCCGCGUCCCCGAUCAUUACCCUGCCGAUCCCCCGCUUGUCUUUUUGCAGCCGCGCGGGAAACUGACGGGGGCAGUGCCCACGCUCGGGGUGUUUCACGCGGAUACGAAGGAGCUGCCGGCCGCCGCGCGUCGAUCUAUACUCGAUGCGGCAGUUGAAGCCAUUAACGGGCUCGCAGGGGAGGGCUGCCUGGUGAGCCUCAUCUCCUCUUUGCAUGGGACGAUCUCGUCCCUCGAACACGCUCCCAGCUCCACGAGCAAUUCACGCGUGACGGAGGAGCAGCGGGCGGCCAAGGAAGAAAAGGUCUCCAUCGAUGCACAGAGGAAGGCGUUUGCAACCGCCUUAACGGCUGCGCCGGGUGUGAACUCGGCAGCUAAUGAGGACCCUCCGGUGCCGUGCACCAUGCCGGUAAAAAUUGGGCUCACGACAGUUGACUGCACCCAAAAUGAGGGCGACCAGGUGCGUCGGAAAUACUUAAAAUUGGACAAAUCGCUUAAUGCCAAACUUAGUGCGGAGUGGGAGGUUCUUCAGAAGACUGGGACGAUGAAAAAAACACGUGAACAACUGCCUGCGUUUCAGGUCCGUGAAGAGCUUCGCGAGGCCCUUUCAAGGCAUCAGGUUGUCGUCAUUGGUGGAGAGACGGGUAGCGGAAAGACGACGCAGAUCCCACAGUAUCUGUAUGAGUUUAUGUGUGAGUCAGGUAUGGGGGGUUCAGCGAACAUUGUAUGCACCCAACCGAGAAGGCUUGCUGCAACUUCUGUGGCUCUUCGCGUUGCCGAAGAACGCGACGAGGCGGUGGGAGGUGUCGUGGGUUAUACGAUUCGUCUUGAAAGCUGCGUGUCGCGGCGCACGCAGAUCACCUAUUGCACGACGGGUAUUGUCUUGCGACGCCUACAGUUGGAGAAGUUUUUGGGUUCUGUCAGCCACAUUGUUGUGGACGAAAUUCAUGAACGUGGGGUGGAUACCGAUUUCUUGCUUAUCCUUUUGCGUGACCUCAUCCAACGACGAUCCGACCUGAAGGUGGUGCUCAUGAGCGCCACGAUGGACUCUGAAUUGUUUGCGCGGUACUUUGGCGGGGCUCCUGUCAUCUCGAUUCGGGGCCGCACGUACCCGGUGCAGCACUUUCAUCUGGAGGACAUCAUUCCCAUGGUUGGCUACGUCCUUGAGGAUGGCUCCCCGUACGCCAGGUGGGAGGUGAAGAGGGAGGAGCGGCGUCGCAAUACGCGCAAGCAGGCGCUCGCCAUCGACCCUGAACAAAUUGAAGAGGCACGGGAGACGGAGCGUCAGGAGCACACCCUCGCCGGGCAGCUUCGCGCCUCGCAAAAAACGCUGGAGACCAUAUCAAGGAUGAACCUUGACGUGAUCAACUAUGAGCUCAUUGAGAGUGUUGUUCUCUACAUUGACACUGUCCUGAAGGUGGAUGGGGCGGUUUUAAUUUUUCUGCCCGGUAUGGCGGAGAUGAUGCGGUGCAUCGAACAGCUAAAGUCGAAUCCGCGGUUGUCGAAUAGCUGCGUGAUGUACAAUCUGCAUAGUUCUCUGGGAUCUUCAGAGCAGCAUGGCGUGUUUCAACGCCCCCCUAAAGGGAAGCGGAAGGUGGUGAUUGGGACAAAUAUCAUGGAGACUUCCAUUACGAUUGACGACGCCGUAUUUGUUAUUGAUAGUGGGAAAGCGAGGGAAAACCGCUACGACGCCAGGAAGAGUCUCUCACAGCUGGUGACCGUGAACGUCUCCAAGGCUAAUUGUCGCCAACGCCAGGGACGCGCUGGACGCGUACGAGAAGGGUUUUGUUUUCGCUUGUUUACUAGUGCCCACUUUGAGGCCUUGGACGAUCAUCAACUGUGUGAAAUGCACCGUGUGCCGCUUGAGAGUCUCAUUCUUCAAAUCUACUCGCUUAAUUUGGGCGACGAGGUGGAGUAUCUGCAGAAGGCGCUUUCACCACCCGAGGAACGUGCUGUUCGAAGCAGCGUGCGAGUACUGACGACUCUGGGAGCCUUGACCUUUGACAAGCGUUUAACCUCCCUUGGUCGACACCUGGCAAAUCUUCCCUUGGACGUACGCAUAGGAAAGAUGAUUAUCCACGGGGCAAUUCUGCACUGCGUUGACCCAGUUUUAACAAUAGCGGCCUGUUUGGCUGUACGGAGCCCCUUCCUUUCUGCAAUGGACUACCAGACUGAGGUGGAAGCGGUAAGAAGAGCCUUUGCAGGGGAAUAUAUGUCGGAUCACUUAGUUUCUUGGUUUGCCUACGCCAGUUGGAUUGCUAUGCAACAUAAAGAAGGUGCUUCGGCUGCGAAGAAGCUCUGUGCACGUUACUAUCUCUCUCUGCCGGUAUUAAAGCAAAUUCAGUCCACCAAGCGACAGUAUGAGCGUUAUCUCUACGAGGCAGGAUUUAUUGAGGAGGCCCCAAUUCAGGCUUCGCAUGAACGAUUUUUGUACGGCCCUGUGAUGACUCUUGAGGACCGCGUGUAUGAAUCCGGCGGGGAGCGAUUUAACGCCAACGCGGGUAGUGUGAAGUGUAUUCUGUCGUGCGUCGUGGCCGGCCUUUACCCGAACAUUGCACGCGUCAAAACUGGUGCCAGUCGAAAAGGCGGCACAUUUGUUAACAUGACCACAUUUGAUGGGUCGGAGGUGCUGAUUCACCCCUCCAGUGUUGCGGGAAGGGCGAAGAGCUUUGCCUCCCCGCUCCUCGUUUACGUGGACAAGGUGAAGACCUCUGCCACGUUCCUGCGCGACGUCUCCAUGGUUACCCCGCUUCACGUCAUACUCUUCAGCGGCGGCGGCUUGGAGUACCUGCCAAAGUACGGCGAGCUCGUUGUGGAUGAUAUGACGGCGUUUAAGUGCAGGAGCGAGGAUGCCACCCUGCUGAAGCACCUAAAGGACCAGCUGGACUCUGCCCUGAGCCAGAAGAUAAACGACCCCUCGCAGAGCUGGGAGUCCACCAGCAGCGUGGUCGUCCGGGCCAUUCUCAGGCUUCUGAAGGACGACCUCGAGAGCGUGCGUCACUUGACGAUGGUGGACCACCGACAGCCCCGCCCCUCCUUGACGGCCCCGCUGGCCCCGCCGGAGGCCUCUGCGCCUGAAACACACAAAAAGAAGCAACUCUGCUUCGUCUGCGGGGAGGCGGACCACGUGGCUCGCUCCUGCCCGCACAAGACGGCGUCGCUGAAGGGGGGCCCCAGUACCCGCUGCUUCGUCUGUGGCGAGUGGCAUCACCCAACGGAGUGUGCGUUGGUGUCCCCCGCUUAA